AUGGACGUUGUAAAUAACGUUCGUGAAUGUCUGAAGACUUGGGCCAGUGGAGGAGAUUCGAAACUCCGCCACUUCCUUGUCCAACCUCAUUCCAACCCUUUCGACCCAGACUGUCUAGACACUCUUACUACAGCGUAUCAUACCCUGCUAUGUGCAACUCUCGUGACAUGGGCACCGCCUUACCCACUCUCACCCACAGCGUUGGCAGAGUUUAUACUGUCCGUACUUCGAGCCUUACCGUCAUCGUCCAACGUAUCACCCAAGCAUCCAACGCCUGCCUCUAUAUUCGGAGAUCAUCUCGUGGAUAUGAUAUGGGCUGUGGACCUUGAACUCGACGAGUUGCUCAACGAGGCACGCCUCUCGGUCGCUGAGGCAGCAGACUGGAAGUUGGCGUCAAAGGAUGUGGCUAGCGUCCUCAAUAAGGCAAAACGCGCACAAGCAAACGCAGAGAUAGAUAAACAGCGGAUACCUUCUAUCGUCAUGAAGUUUUUGGAACAUGGCAUCAUCACCCCAAACCAUUGCCGGGAAAGGCUGGAAUCGACUGUUCUAGCCAGUGUAGGCCUCAUCCAAGAUAAAACGACACAGGAUAAGAAAGAGAUACGAACAAGAACUGGCUUAUUUUACAAACAGAACAAAUUUAAUCUUCUGCGAGAACAGUCCGAGGGAUAUAGUAAACUCAUUGUCGAGUUGACUAGUAGUCUUGGCCCACCUCAUUCUCCUCAGUCUGGUAGGCCAACAGAGUCGUAUUCUCUAAUCGAAGACCGUGCCAGACCUGUGUGGGAGAAAGUCAUCAGUCUCAUAGGUUACUUCGAUUUGGACCCCAAUAGGGCAUUGGACAUUAUCCUUGAUGUCCUCUCACAGCACCUCACUACACAUUACACUUUCUUCCUCGCCUUGUUGUCGUUCUCUCCUUGGUCUGGCUCAUAUCGUCGUCCUAUCCCUGAUGAAGAAGAAAUGGAUACCAAAGUCGAGCUUCCGGAGGGCGUGUAUAAGGGGAAAAGUCUGGACGAGGUUUUAACCACGGCAGAGCUGCAUUCAAGGCCCGCCUCGACUACCCCUCCAAAGAAAAGCGGUGCCCGAGUUUUAGCACAGGUGUUGGGAUUCAAAUUCAGUUAUUACCAGGCUCCAGACGUUUCGGAGACGGCACCGUUGAAUCUUUAUUUAACCGCUGCUAUCUUAAUUCGCGAGGGCUUCAUCACAAUGGAAGACUUGUAUCCGCACCUCGCACCCAAAGACGAGGACAUGGACAACCUUCGACAAGAGUACUUGGCCGACGUUAAGGCCAGAAUAGCUGGCGCGAAGAAUAGUUUACUUGCGAUGGCUGCCCCCCUUGAAUCUGCCUCGUCUUCACAGCCAAAACCGAUCGUGUCCUCUCAACCGGAACCAAAGCAAUCGGAAACGAAGAGUAGAAAUCAGAAAGUCGGCCUCCUCACAAGCUUACUUGCUGUUGGUGCCAUCAAACCUGCGAUUGCCAUGUUAACCAAAUUUCAGUGGUUGGUUGACUCCAAUACUGAGAUCGCCGAUCUCAUAAUUCGCAUAAUGAAAGUAUCGAUUGAACCACUAUACGACUCCCUCUUAAAAAAACAACGCGCGGAAAGCUUCACAAAGCCAAGGGCACGAUUUGGCCCUGCAGGAUUAGCUUACCCCGGGCCUAGGAAGCCUGUCCUGACAUUGUCGGCCCCUACUCCGCCAAGCACCAGCACUACCGAUUUCGUGUUCUUCUUCCCUGAUUGGGCGGAUAGGGUACCACUCUGCAGAAGUUAUGCUGACCUGGUAGAUGUCAUUGAGCCUCUCCUUCGUUUCAUAGGCCUCCAUGUUUCUCGCGACCCACUCUUUUUGUCUAAAUUCUUGCGCAUCGGUCGCCUUCACUUAACGUCGAUCAUAUCCACCGAGCCUGCGGGAAAGAAGGCACAACUGGAACCUGUUGAACAGCAUCCCGUACGGGCGUUCUGGUUUAUGAUUAGUCGACAAUAUUUGCUUCCUGCACUGUCGCUCAUAAGAGGCAACGCCGUUUUAACUGUGGAUGUCUGGUCUAUCAUCCGUACAUUCCCAACUGAGGCUCGAUGGGAACUGUAUGGCGAAUGGAAACUUGGAAUGUACCAAUCUCAUUCAGAGCUUCGUAUCCGUCAAGUGCAAGCAGAUCGAGAAUCGAAAGGACUUCUUCGCCGCCUAUCGCACAAUACAAUCGACUCAUUAUCGGGUCCCGUUGCAAAGUUGACGCACUCGAAUCCUUGUAUAUUUUUGUCCAAUGCCGUCAAUCAAAUCAUGGCAUAUGAUAAUCUUGCAAGCGUCGUUAUCCAAGCAUUGCGUUAUGUGACAAACAUGGGUUUUGAUGUCCUUGUUUUCAUCGUCCUUGGUGCUCUAGCGGACCCAAAUAAGGAGCGCGUUAAAAGAGAUGGCGUCAAUAUCUCUGAUUGGCUUCAAAGUCUUGCAUCUUUCACGGGUAUGCUCUUCAAAAGAUAUAGCGCAGACCUCACGCCUGUCGUCAAAUACAUUGUGCACCAACUGCACAACGGCCAGACCACAGAAAUAAUUGUGCUCCGUGAACUUGUCUGGAAAAUGGCAGGAAUUGAGCCGUUGCCCAGUCUAUCGGAAUCACAAAUGGCAGCCAUGGCUGGCGGUCCUGCACUCCGUAUUGAGGCCAUUGCAUCUGCGACCCGUGGAGCAAGAUUGGAAGUAGAUUCCAUGAAAGCCCCUGCGCGUCUUGGUACCACACUUAUGGAUUCUAAAUUGGCUCUCCCUCUUCUUAUACAAGUGGCUCAACAGCGACAAGCAUGCGUGUAUAAGGCGCCUGAUGCACAUUUGAAGUCUUUAGCUGGGCUCUAUGAUGCAACCCAUGGCGUUUUAUUGCAGUAUCUGGAGCUUUUAACUUCUCCUUCUGUAAUCCCUUCAGAAAAAUACGCAGACGAGAUCUUGCCAUCUUUGAGGGAACUCGGCCAGGAUUAUGGUAUCUGCGCGCCGAUAUGUAUGCAGAUCUUGCGUCCAGUACUCAACGCUAAACUAUUGAAAAUUGCACUUGCCAUGCAGGAACAAGAACGCAUCGCGAAUGAGGAAGCUGAAAAACGACUGAAGGCAGCGUUAACUGCGAAAAGAGAGCCUAGCGUUUCACAGUCACGGGUUGCAUCUCCCGCCAUUGGGAAUACAUUAACUGUGACGCCAGAAACUCCGGAAGCCAAAUUAGCUGUUGUUGAAGAACCUGAAACUGCUAUGGAAGUUGAUUCCACUGCUACCCCUACUGCUACGCUUGCAACUUCACCUCCGAAGGAAGAAAGUCCGUGGGUGCCCGAGCUCGCAGCAUUGUUCGACGAUGUCAAGUCCAUUGCUCCUGGAAAUGCAUAUGAGGUCCUUGGACCUGGCUUCUACCUGACUUUCUGGCAGCUCUCGAUCUACGAUCUGUCACCACCGAGCUCCAAAUACGACGAAGAAGGCUCCAGAUUAAGAGCCCUUUCCCGACAAGAAGACUCGAAGCUCGCCGCUGCAGAACGAUCGGCGGAUCGUGCUAAGCGCCUGACUGCGGCUGCACAUCGUGCCCGCCGCGACCGGUAUACUUCGUUUGUUCAUACACUCGCCCAGGAAUUCAAAGAACAGACCAUUUCCCGAGCAUUCACUAUAAAACGUCUCGCCAAAGAAAAACAACAUUGGUUCACAAAUUCAUCCAAAUCGCCUCUUCUCAUAAACUCCUUCAUCGAAAACUGUGUCCAGCCCCGUUGCCUAUUAUCACCGAUGGACGCAGAUUUCUGUGCUCAGUUUAUCAAGGUCUUGCACCUACAAGGAACACCAGGGUUUUACACUCUGGGUUGUUACGAUAGGUUGAUUGGCGAUCAUGUCAAGGUUAUCUUAUUUUCGUGCAGUGAAUACGAGGCUCGCAAUUACGGUCGAUUUCUUCUGGGCAUUCUUCGCGAUCUUCUUAGUUGGCACCUAGACGAAUCGAUAUAUACUCAAGAAAACCGGAUGAAAGUUGGCGGCAAGACUAUCGUUCUUCCUGGUUUCCACCCCGUCUACAAAAGUGGAGGAGUAAACGAAAUCAUGAAAUGGACUAAAUUCCACACAAUCUUCCGUAAAUGGCAUCGAAGGUUGACUCAGACCGGAGAAUUCAUGCAUGUUUAUAAUGCCAUCAUCGUCAUGAAAGAAAUUUUAGAUGUUUUCCCUAUGGCCUCUGUAAACGAGCACAGUGGAUCGAACAUCAAUGCUGCCAUUGAUCGCUUCCUUGAGACAGAAGAACGCGGGGAUUUGAAAAUUCUGGCGCGAUCAUAUUCUGCUAGUUUGAAGAGAAAAGAAGCAGACUGGGCUUUACCCAAACAACCCAGUCAAACAGCGACUCCGAAUGGCACAUCAUCCCCUAGACCUCCUGUACCAGCUUCGACCAGUGCAUCGAUUCCAGAAAAACCUCGAAACACACCAGUACCCACUGGGCCAAGUGCACAGUCUGUCGCUGCCAGAAAUGUACCCCAACCCCCUGCGUCAGCCCCUUCCGCGCCUCGUUCUCAGAUCGCUAAUCAAAAUAGCAACAUUAGUUCCACUAAGCUUGCAAUGGAUAGUAUUCCUAGACCCGAGGUCGUCAAACGUGUGCGACAUGACAAUAAAGUCACUGAUGUUCCAAAGGCGUCUCCUGACGUUGUAAUGACCUCAAGUACAGACUCUGUGCAAUCGAAUGAUCGUAAAAGCGUCCCUUCUCCGGCAGAAAGACCUCGCGAUGAGCCGUUCGUACCUGUUAGACCCAAUAUCACAGAACACCCCCGCCCGCCCCCUCGAGAACCGCAAAAUUCUUCGCAUGGAGGCGCACCCAAUAAUUAUCCACACGGGCCUCGCUUCCACCCCCCUGAACCGUCACAGUUACGCUCGGAUGCGCCUGUAAUGCCACCUCCCGUUGUUCCAAGUCAAACAGCCUCUGCUCAGGAACUUCGUGAAACGGCGAGACAGACCAUCAGCAAAUCGGACAGGACAGAACCGAGAAGUCAGAAUGGCUCCGCAGCUCCAUCUCCUCGUCACCGUUCACCUUCCCCAGCAAGUCGUCCUGGAACCAGAAAUCCGAGCACUGAAAGUCGCACAAGCCGCAACAGUGGUGGAAAAUCUAGAUCAGACUCUGGUCGUGCGGAUCGCAAUGUCGAUGAUCGUCGAGAGCGUGACAGUCGACCGGAGACUCGCGAACCCACUGGACCUGUUGGACGACGCGAUAGCCUCACUCACACUCGUACCGAACGUGGUGGACGCGACCGCUCAGGCCGUGAUGGUGAUAAAGAUAGGGAUGGGGACCGUGAUAAAGACCGUGGCCGUGAUCGACACGGAAGCGACAGGGAUCGCGAAAAGGAUAGGGAUCGUGAUCGUGACAGAGAUAGGGAUAGAGACAGAGAGCGCGAUAGAGAGCGUGAUAGAGAUAGAGAUCGUCACCGCCGGGACGACAAAGAUCGCGACCGAGAUGUACGAAAGGAUCGCGACUCUGGGCCAAGUCGUAGCCAGGCGGCACCAUCCGCUCCAGUUUCUUCAUCUCUUGAUGAUCGGGGUCUACCUACUCGUCCUGACCUUUCAAGAAAUAGAAACGCGCCGCCAGUUGAAGAAAAUCCUGGCAACAAGAGAAGGCGUUCAGAAGACGAACCAUCGGAUAGAAACUCCAAACGAGGUGCUCGAAAAGAACGCGACGAUCGAAGCCGCCGACCUAGCGACAAAGAAGAUCGGAACCGUGAUUCAGAUAGGCGACGGAAAGAACGCGAUGGUCUUGAUUCUGAUAUUCGAACGUCAUCUUCAGACAAGCCUAAUGAAAAGCGACCUGAAGGUCCUCAAGGAAAACCAGUGGCCAAUACCCCAUCCGCCCCUCGAGCCAUGGGUACUGAUUCUUCAAGAAAAUCUGAACCCAUGAAUUCCCGUGAUCGCCAUCGCGAUAAUGCGCCACCAAUGAAGGAUUUGCCACCAGGUCUUAGCAACGGCCCAAAUAAUCAACAGGAAGGUGGCUCGCGAGGUUCAGGUUUGGUCAGUCUUCGCUCUCGCAUCAGUGAUGAAGUGCCUCUGUCGUUCAAGGACGCAGGGAGAGACGAACGUGAGAUCCAACGCAAACGAACCCUUGCUGAUCGCGAACCCGACAUGAACGAUUCAGGUCCUUCUCAUGACAAUAGUGUACAGGCAUCGAAGAGGCCGCGUAUCAAUCCAAAUAAUCGUCGGACCUUCCCCAACCCUGGUCACGGAGGUCUUGCGAGAAAAACCUUGCCGAUUGAUCAUGACAAGAACCAGAGAAGAUAG